AUAGAAUUGUCCAGAGGAUCAUUCUAAUCAGAAAGCGUUUUAUAGACGCUUCCUUUAGCGAACAGAUUUUAUUAAUCUAACUCUGAAAGUCUAUACAAAAUCUUACUGAGGCGUUAUAGAAACUUCUAUGUAAAUGUUGUAUACCAGAUAACAAAAGAAUACAUAAAAUGUUUUCAUUGUCCUGUUUUGUUCUGGAUAAUAUGUCCUAUUAUACCUGAUUUACAAGGAAAUUUCUGUCAACUCCAAACAUUCAGUUGCAUAAAAAUAUUUCAUAUGACUAACUUUCUGGUAUAAAUACUGUAUAGGAUUAACCAACAAUAAUGGACGCUUACAAAUUUUACAUCCUACUUAUAGUAGUACUUUACAGUAAUCUGACAAAAAGUUCUGCAAAUAAAUCGGCAAUCACACAAUAUGAAUUUUUAUCAAAAUGGAAAUUAAAAAAUAAUGGCUUCGUAAAUAUGGAUUAUGGUUUACCUGUUAACAUAAUUGGUGGUUUAAUAGCAACUGUGAAAUUGCAAUUUAUUCGCUGUAAGCCAGAGAAAGUACGAUAUUGGACUAUGGUAGAUUGUCAAGCAUUAUAUAUACCGUCUGACUGUCAUUUUACCUAUGAACAAAUUAACUUGUUAAAAAAUACAUCAAAAAGCAUUAAUUGUAGUCAACAUGUUAAAAGUAAAUUAAUACCUAACAGAUGGACUAAAGAAGUGGAUAAAAAGUCUACACAAGUGGUGGAAAUUCGAGUCGAUAGUGCUAUAACAAACAUGAAACUUAAAGCAUUCUUUUUGCACUGUGGAAAAGAUUUAGCAUAUUUCAAUAAUAACUCAUUAAUACAAUUAUGUGACUGGGAUAAUUACAUUGAAUUAGUUUCAAACAUUAAUUCACUCGACGUUUACGGAUACAUUAAUACAAGUUCAAUUAUAUCUGUAAUUUAUAUUUAUUAUUUUUGUACAAUCACUUGGUCUGAACUGCAGAAGAAAUCAGAAAAUAAAAUGAGACAUAUCUUAUGUCCGAAUUCAUGUUCGUAUGGUGCUGUAAGAUGUUCUGGCAAACCACACGUUAUAAAAUCAGUUAGUAAUAUAAAGAAGUCAAUACCGGCUAGUAUUGGAGAUUGUAUUCCUAUAAGAUUAGGUGUAUUCGAUCAUGAAUACAAAUGUCUAUGUGAAAAGGGUUACUCAUGGAAUUCUGAUACACGGUCAUGUGAAAUAGAGGAUCCUUGCACACUUGAUCAGAUAUUGUCAAUAGAGGCUUAUAAAAUUAAAGGGAAAGAUAGAUUGUGUGAUCCUAAAGGAACUUUACGAUGUAUCUAUACACAAUAUUACAGAAAUAAAGAUAUAUUUGGUUAUCAAAUAAGGCUUACUUUACACUAUUCAUGUAUUUGUCAUCCUCAGUUUAUGGGAUAUCGUUGUGAUCGUCUAAGAAAUCCAUGCAUUGAAAAUAACUUACCUAAUCGUGUACCAGGAAAUGAAGCGUGUCGUACAUAUUUGGGAAAUAAAUGUAAUCCAAUAAACGGUACCAAUCACUAUACAUGUACUUGUGUUGGGAAUUAUAAAUAUUCACAAAAAUAUUCUUUCUACAAUUGUUAUGAGAGAAAAAAUAUAUGUGACAGUAUAUUAUGUCAAAAUAAAGGAAUGUGCGUAUCCAGUGGGGAUGGUAAACAGUUUUUAUGUCUAUGUGAAUAUGGUUGGGGUGGCAAAUAUUGUACAGAACCUGGAAUUAGACAAUGGUUUCCUUGGAGCCCGUGGUCAGAAUGUUCAGCUGCAUUUUAUGAAGACCAUGGUUGGAAAAGUCGUGCCAGAGAGUGCCGCUUACUUGGUAAUGAAAGCAUCUAUUUAGGAAAGUGUUCAGGAAAUGAAAUGGAGCUCCGUACAUGCAUAGGACGUUUUCCGGAUUUCACAAAAGAAUAUCUACCAACUAUAAAAGUGCUUUUGAUGUUUGUGUGUUACCUCAUCACUUUACAUUUAUUUGUUGACAUUAUUUAUUUUCUGCUUCAACCAGAACGUGCUUAAAUAAUAACACUUUGAACAGUUCGAAGUUCUAUAUUGUCAUUAUUUAUGUGUCACAAUUGAUAUUUGGAAAUUUG